AUGUGCAUUUAUGUUGACGACAUUGUUUACAUGAGCUCUUCGCUGAAGAUGUUGGAGUUGUUCAAGCUUGACAUUAAGAUGACGGACUUGGGCACACUAAAUUACUUCCUUGCACUUGAAGUUAAACAGAGUGAAGAUGGCAUUUUUGUUACACAGAGAAAAUAUGUGGAAAAUAUACUUAAGUCAUUUGGAAUGCAAUCGUGCAAACCUGCUGCAACACCCAUGAACAUGAAUGACAAAAUGCAAGCAAAUGAUGGCAUUGGAAAGGCUGAUGUCUGGGUUUAUAGAAGACUUAUAGGAAAAUUGCUCUAUUUGACACAUACACGGCCAGAUAUAUCCUAUGCUGUUGGAAUAUUAUCUAGAUUCAUGUCUAAUCCCACCAAGCAGCACCUUGGAGCUGGAAAAAAUCUCUUGGGAUAUCUGUGUGGAACAAAGAACCUUAGACUAUGGUAUUCAAGGAGCAUGGAAUGCAGGUUGCAAAGAUAUUCAGAUAGCGAUUGGGGAGGUUGCAUUGAUUUUAGGAAGAGCACAUCCGGGAUGAUCUUUAACCUUAGAACUGGGGUUGUAUCGUGGGGAUCAAGGAAGCAAGACAUCACGUCACUAUCGACAACGGAGGCAGAAUAUGUGGCAGUGACAACUGCAGCAUGUUAA